AUUACUAUGGUAUUAACCGAUAGAAACUUUAAUACUUCAUUCUUUGAGGUAGCAGGUGGUGGUGACCCUAUAUUAUACCAACAUCUUUUCUCAAGACUAGUAUUUGAAGAGAAUUUGAUAUUAUCAACAUUAUUUAUAUUUCCUAGCUCUAAUCAAUUAAUCUUUAAAAGAUAUAUAUCUAAUUCUAAUUUAAACAAUAAGUUUGAUUUUUCUGCAUUUUAUAAGAAAUACAAUACUCAUUUGCCAAACAAUAAAAUUCCUUCAGAAAACUUUUUAACUUGA